AAAGGAUUCUUUCUCGAAAUCUCCUCUCCAGACCUAAAAUGGCGCCCGCUCUCUCAGGAUACCAUAGAGACGAGGGGCCAUACCGAUAGAAAAAAGACGGAUAGGAAAGGCGACUGGGUAGAGUGGCUGUCUCCAGCGCGGGGCCUCUCUGCGCGCCUCAACUUCCAGCUCUCUGGUUAUCACUUGCGGACAGGAGAUUGAAACGCUGUUUGUUAUGGCGGGUGAGGAGGCGCCCAGGGACCCGAAGAAGUCUUUUAAACUGCUGGGAAUACUUGAUGUUGGAACCAUUCCUUGUGCUCGGGAGUCAGUGCUGUAUGGAUCACUGGGUGCUUUAACUCUGGGCCUUGGCCACUUCUUAGCUACUAGUAGAGUGAGACGAUCCUGUCACUUGGGAGCGGGAGGCUUUAUCCUGACAACAUUAGGAUGCUGGUUCUACUGUCGAUAUAAUAAUGCAAAACUAAGGAUCCAGCAGCGAAUGAUUCAAGAAGGGAUGAGAAACAAAGUUUGGUUUGAAGGCACACAGUUUGAUCCAGAGAAGCAAAAAACAAGCAUUGAAAGGAGUCAUUGACAAGUCGUUGUGCAGCAGAGAUUGUGGGGAAUUCUCUGUAAGCACAUCUGCAUGAAAACCAAAUUGAGACGUCAUAGAACAUGGUUGUUGGUGCACACUGGGUUGAAUCUGGUGGAAAAGUUUGUGAAAGGAUGUGUUGGAGUGGAUCUUUUCAAGCCUUUUCCAAUCAGCCACCUUCCCACCAAGGCACCACAGUACAGUACAUUGUAGCAACAAGGGGUAAUCAGGUAAAAUAGUCCUUUUUCUGGCAUGGGGAAAGUGGAAAGAUACCUACUCUGCCAGCACCUUCUGACUUAUAAGAGAAGCAGGUUUCUUGCCUUUGGGUUGCCAUAAAAUUGGAUUUGUAUUUUACUUUUAUAUUGCUGUACACACCAUGAGUGCAUUAAAUAUAGCUAAUUUGCCUGGAGUUCAUAGGAAAUACCACAUCCCUCCCCUUCUCUCACACACACAAUUUAGUCUUAAGAAGAAAAAAUCUUGCUUUAGCUUAGUAUAUAUUAAAGAGGAUGCUGAAAAUGUCUUUAGAAUGGGUUACGCUGGUGUUGAAUUAAGUUAUUCAGCAACUAAUAGAUUAGACUUUAGUCCAUAAAUAGAAAUAUAAAACUUGUGAGCAAGAUCUAAUCAGAUGUAAACACUUCCUGAGUCUUCUAAAAUAUGUUAAAGUUUUCCUAUUAAAUUAUUGGGAACAUUGGCUCGA